GCCUUUUUUUCAACCAAUGAGAAAAAUAAAAUUUAGGCAAAAACCACGUAGAUUAUGUCGACGCCAGAAAAGAUGUCAAAGUAUAAUUAUAAGGAACCCGCUGUCGGAUUCACCGAAAAAUUUUGCAUCUAGCGCCCAAUUUUUAUCUAAUGUGGUGCUGCGCGGCAAAAGUACCUAAUUUUCUAAUGAUAAGAUGUAACCGAGAAAGCAGUGUGGAAAAAUAAAGAAAACUUCAGGCUAUCCAGUGUCGAAAAAACUUUCAAGAUCGGAUGAAAUUUGUUCAGUAAAUUUUUCAUUUUGGUGUGUCCAGCUAAAACUACAGAGAUUAUGGAAUUACCCCAGCCAGGCAAGCACGAUUAUGCCCUAGUUCUAAAAGCUAUUUAUCACUUUAAGACAAAUCAAGUGGAUUUAACAUGUGCCAAAUGGAGAGAGCAAGGAAUCACGGUGGCAGGACACGAAGGCGAAGGAAAAGGCAAGAAUCAACUCAGGUGGCCACGAGGCAUAUUCAUAGAUGAACACGAUACGCUAUUCAUCUGUGAUAUGCUCAAUAACCGCAUAGUGCAAGUGGAGAAGCCAGGAAGAACAUGGGAGGAGAGAAAGACAACUUCGACAGUUGUAGCAGAGCAGCUAAGCUAUCUACACUCUAUCACCAUGGACAGAGAAGGCACAAUGUUCGUCGCAUGCGCUGAGAAGGGAAACAAGGAUUAUCCUAUUUACCGAUGGCCGAAAGACGCUACUUUGGGCGAAAUCAUUCUCAUUAUGUCUAGCCCGAUCGGUGGGAUCACACUGGAUGAGAAGGAAGAAUUUCUUUAUUUGUCACACUACCAAUAUGGUUCUGUAACACGACAUAGAAAGGAUGGAAAAGACGAGGGCGAACAUACGGUGGCUGGGGGUUACGAUCGAGGUAUUGUGCGACCCCAAGGUCUUUCCGUCGAUCGAGAGGGCUCUCUAUACAUUGCCGACGGCAUCGGUAUGCGUAUUGUAAAAUGGCCCAAAAAUUCCAAGCAGGGGAAAGUAAUCGCCAGAGGAGAGGAAUACAAUGUUUUUGGGGUAAUUACUGUCGGAAAAGAGAAAACCGGUGGAAAUGUGUGGUUGAAGGAACCAACAGAUGUCUUGGUCCAUACACCAUCUGGUGCUAUCCUUGUGGUUGAUCAAGCCAAUCACCGAGUGAUCCGAUUUCAAGAAGGGGAUGCAUUUGGACACGGAGAAAUUGUUGCGGGCGGGCACGGAAAAGGAAACGACGCUACUCAGCUAGCUCGUCCAUACAAUGUGGCAUUAGACAGUCAUGGCAAUUUGUUCGUGUCUGACUGGGAUAAUCACCGAAUUCAAAUGUUCGCUCGUCUGUGA